AUGUCGACCCCCGCCUUCACCACUUCCUUCGCCGGCCUGAGCCUCGCGCUUCCCAAUGCCUCCUCACACCGCACUCCGCGCUGUUCCAUGGGUGAUUCAAUCGCCCCCAAGAUUGUCGUCGUCAACACCGGCAACGAGCAAACCUCCCGUCUCACCUUGGAGUGGGCCGCCAUCCCCCCCAAGACUGGCGACGCCACCAGCGUUCUGGCCAACACGGCCCUCAAAAUCGCUCUCCGCUCUAUCUCCAAAGUCGCGUCCUCUCCCGCUCCCGUCCAGCCUUGUCCCCCCUCUGUCACCCCGAAGAACUUCUACUUUCCGCCCGAGACCCGUAACAUGGCCCCUGUCAUUUCCAUGACGGCCAACGAAUCAAUCUCCGUUGCUGUGGAAUCCAUCAACCCAUCCGUCGCAAAUGUGAAAGCUAACUCCCCGGACUCCGUCGCCUUCUGGAAGACCCCCACCUACAAGUACUCCGCCCCCGACGCUGACGAGCCCGUCAAACCAGAAGUGCUUAGCACAGAGCUGUACGAAGCCUAUUUCCCCACCAAGAUUCGUAACCUUGCCCCGAAAAUCUCGAUGAGACCUCCAGCCGGCGACUGGGACAAGACCGCAUACUUGAUACUUGACAAAGAGUUUGUCGCGCUUAACCCCGAUCUCGCCCGUCAGCUUACUGUGAAACCAGACGAUGAAUCCGGACCAGCUCCUUCCGCCUCUGCCACUGUUGAAAAAUUCUUCGGAGGUGAAUUCAUGUCCAAGGCUCCCCAAAUUUCUAUUGACCAGGAUAUACCAAAGGUAGAAUUUUCCUUAGGUGAUAUUUCACCCUCCGCUGAGACCGUCUCGGCCGUGUUUGCUGAGGUCGGACGACCAGAGGGAGAUCAGUGAUCCAUCUACUCCUUAAACUGAACAGUCUUUUUCCUCAUUCAGGUCCCUUUUGGGCAGGUUAUUCUCUUGGUGCCCCGCACUGCCGUGCUAUGAUAGCUAUCAUUUCUUGUUCACCUUUACCAAUGCCCGAUUGCUGCCCUGUCCAGACUAGGUAUGCCAUUACUAAAUGCAAUCCCAGU